GGCUGCGAAUUUAUGAACUUACUGACAGGCUGGAACCAGGUGUUAAGAAAGAAACGUGAGAACCUCCCAGGGCGGGGCUACUUGGCCAACUUAGGCUGUUUCUCGGCACCCAAGGACACCUUUCCAUUCACUUCCUGAUCCCACAGUCUCACCUGAGUUAUUACCAGACUCAGUGGGCCAGGCAAGAAUGCAGCAAGCAGGCCUUACCCUCGUGGCUGUGGCUGUGUGUGUGGCUUUUCGAACUUCGGAAGCCAUACUUCCCAUAGCUUCCAGCUGCUGCACUGAAGUUUCCCAUCAUAUUUCCAGAAGGCUUCUGGAAAGAGUGAAUUCAUGCAGCAUCCAGAGAGCUGAUGGGGACUGUGACUUGGCAGCUGUCAUCCUCCAUGUUAAACGCAGAAGGAUCUGCGUCAGCCCGAACAAUCAGACUUUGAAGCAUUGGUUGAGAGCCUCCGAGGUGAAGAAGAAUGGCAAAGAAAAUCCCUGCCAUAAGAAGCUGCACAGCGGGAAGGACAGAAAGAAUCACACCCAGAGGAAUCAUGGAAAACAGGGCCACCAAGCCCCUCGUUAGAACAGAAAUGUGACCCUACGGAGAUAACUCUGCAGGUUAACUGGCUCGUAGUUGGUCAUAAGUUUGUCACCUGAGUCUUCUGUAUUGACACCCAAUUUUUUUUUUUUUUUUUUUUUUUGUUAAUGAAUAAUUGCAGCUAAGGGUGUAAGUUAAGUGGUAAAACACUUGUGUGGCCUGUAGAUUCAAUCAGCAAAAACCAAGAACGAACAAAACAUGCACACGUGACCAAUAAUAUACUUAACUGAAAAUACAAAAUUCAUCUUUAUAUAUAAAAUUGAAAAGGGUAAUAUAGAUACAAUUCCUCUAACAUUUUGACGGACGUUCCCCAGUCCUAUAGAGGAGGUGAAGGAAUGCCAUAAGGUUUACACACAUUCCUGUAACCUACAUUAGUCACUGCUAAUAUUUGCUCUCUUUUCUCUGUGUGUGUGUGUGUGUGUGUGUGUGCACAGUACAUAAAUACAAGGGUUUUCCACUAGACCAUCUGAAAAGUUGCAAACACCAUGACCUUUGUCUAUUCCACAUCCUGUUACUAAAGCAACAUUGCUGAUUAGGUAACUUCUAAAGAAUACAAGUUUAUUUGGCUCAGGUUCCUGGGGUGGGAAAGCCCAGGAACUUGGCACUAAUGUCUGGUUAGCAUCUGGGAGGACAUUUCUAAGGAACCUUAAUGUGACAGAGGACUGCAUGUGACAAGAUGGCCCAGUGUGAUAACUCAGAACCUCUUUCUUAUAAAGCCACUAACAGCUGGGUGUUGGUGGCACGGGCUUUUGUCCCAGCACUCUGGAGGCAGAGACAGGAAGAUCUCUGUGAGUUCGAAGCCAGCCUGGUCUAUCUUCAGAGCAAGUUCCAGGACACAGGGAAGGCUCCAAAGCAAUACAGAAAAACCCUGUCUCAAAAAACAAAACAAAACAAACAAACAAAAAAGCCACUAAUUUAGCCUCAGCUACACCCAAAGGCCCCUCUCCAAAUGCCAACAACAUGUAGGUUUAAGUAUCAAGUUCCAAUACAUAAACCUGGAGAACAUAUUCAAACCAUAGCAACACUUCAGCCCUAAUUUCUUUCUAGAAUUAUCACUUGGUAUCAUCCAUUUUCCUAAAUAAUUAUGCUAGAAGUUUUAUACCUAGAAAGUUAACAAUUUCAUAUAGUCUAUACUCAAAUUUCUUUAUAUCCAGAUCACUUUAUAGAUUUUAUUUUCAGUCCAGGUUCACAUAUUGCCAUUUGUUUUACGUCACUUUAGUCUUUUCAAUAGAAGUCUCAGGUUUUUUUCUUUCCUGCCUUCCUUCCAUUCUUCCAUAGCAUAGACUUUCAAAGAAUAAAGGUUAGAAUUUGUUUCACGUUCCACGUUUGUGUGAUCGGUCUUCACGAUCAACCCAAGCUUCCUCUAUGAAUUUGUAUACUUCUCGAUUCCUCUGUGGUUCUGCAACAUCAUUUUCUAUAAGGGUAAGGCGUGUGGAGAUUUGAGUAGCUACGAUCAUGUAAACUCUGCCUCACCGCCCAGAAACUUCUCUCUUCUGCUGUAGUUCUCAGAGCAGCAGCAUUAAACACACAGAGGUCAGAUUCUGUAUUGCAUGUAGCUCUGAUUGGCUCAGAAUAGACCACGCUGUUCUCAAACGCACAGAGAUCCACCUGCUUCUGCUUCCCAAAUGAUAGUAUUAAAGGCAUGGACUACCACUUGGCUCUAGAAGUCAAUAUUUUAAAACUACCUAUCCACCGUCUCCAUGAUUUCACCCUGGAGAAAUUUGAACACAUGGUAAAAGCUCAUUUCCAUGGCAACCAUUAGUACAAGAUCAGUUUGUCAGGUAUCCUUGGUGUCUAUAAUUGUAAAAAAAAAUACAAAGUUACAACAUCAGAAUGAGGCACACGUUUUCAUAAUCAUAAUAGGCAUGUUGAAAAGUUAAAAUGAAAACCAAAACAUCAAUAUUGAGCCUUUUUACCUAGUCAUUUGAAUCAUAUAACUAUUCUCAUUUUAUUUCUACUUGUAACCCACAUCACUACACAAGACACUAUGUGUGAUAUGUUUUAAAAACUGGUUGCUAUGGCUUGGGUAGGUGUCCUCAAAGGCCUGUGGUGCUCCUGGGAGGCAGUGGGAAACUUGGAAUGUGGAGUCUAAUGAACAAAUGUACGUUCCUGGGGUUGUGUCCUGUCUUUGUUUCACACCACCAGGAACUAAGCAGCUUCUUUGACCAUGCAUUUCCAUCACAAAUUCUUUCUGCCAUAGGCCCAGGGACAUGGAAGCCCAACUAACCAUGGACUGAAACUUCUAAAACUUCGAGCUGAACGAGGCCUUUCUGCUGUGUUUGUUUGUUUGUUUGUUUGUUUGUCUGUUUGUCUGAGACAGGGUCUCUCUGUGUAGCCCUGGCUGUCAGGAACUCACUCGGAAGACCUCAAAUUUACAGAGAUCUUUGUGCUUCUGGCUCCCUAGUGCUGGGAUUAAAGGUGUGGGCUGCCACUGCCUGGCUACCUUUCUGCUUUUAAAGUUGAUCUGCCUCAAGUGUUUGUUACAGAAACACAAGGUUAACACAAGGAUUUUAUUGUAAUGUAAAUAGUUAAGAUUUGGUAUCCAAAAGACAAAAUCUCUUAGAGACUACGGUGUGCUUAGUGAAUAUUAUCACUCUUAUACUAUGUACAAUAUUGUAUUGUAAGUACUGUUACUAUGCCAUGAGUUACUAUGAAUAAGUCACCUGGGUUAAACUGUAAGCCUUCUUUUUAACAAAAUGUGUUCUUCUUAUGCUUUAUUAAAAAUUUCACACUUUAUUA